AUUACCCCUGAUCAGUUGCUCCAUUCUCACCGGAACAAAAUCCCCUCCCUGCAACCGCUGCUGCUCUCAUUCCCAUGGAAGUUCCACAGCAACAAGAACAAGUAAACCCAGACACGAAAUCACCUCCAAAACGGUACCGCAUCACUGCUUUGGCCUCUGGAUUUUCACAUUUACAUUUCAUUGUAUCACACUGGGGUUUGCAUGCAAUCGCUUUUCAAACAAGUCAAUGGGCUUCAUAAAACCUCACUCCCCUACUACUCCCAUCUCAUAGACCACUGUUUGUCCCUCAAAUCCUUCACCCACGUCAAAAUUUUACAUGCCCGGUUGGUGAAAGUGGGACUCAAUACCCAUACCUUUCUGGGCAAUCGUUUUCUCGACGUUUACUUUCGGUUUGGUUCGCUUUUCGAUGCAUUGAGAGUGUUUGAUGAGAUUAACUGCAAGAACAUUGUGUCUAGGAACAUCUGCUUGAAGGGUUUGUGUCGAUUUGGCGAGUCUGAGAGGGCACAGCAGGUGUUCGAUGAAAUGCCUGAGAGAGAUGUGGUUAGUUGGAACUCGAUGAUUUCGGGUUACGUUUCGUGCGGAUUGGUUGGUAAUGCAAUGGGGAUGUUUUCGAAAAUGCAGAGGUCGGGUGUGAGACCGAGUGAGUACACGUUUUCGAUUAUGAUGUCAGUUGUGUCGUGUGCUGGUCGUGCGAAGCAAGUUCAUGGUGGUGUGAUUAGGCAGGGUCUGGAUUUGUCGAAUGUGGUACUUGGGAAUUCGUUGAUUGGGAUGUAUGGAAAGAUUGGUUUGAUGGAUUACGCUUUUGGAGUGUUUUUGACUAUGAAGGAGGUGGAUGUCAUUUCUUGGAACACUUUGAUUUGGGGUUGUCAUAGAUCAGGGUAUGAAGAAUUGGCCGUAGAUCAGUUUGUUGUUAUGAGAAGCACUGAGCAUUCCCCUGAUGAGUUUACGAUAUCAACUGUGAUCAAUGUUUGUUGUAACUUGCUUGAUUUGGAAAGGGAUUGGAGGAUGCGGUCCGGCUCUUUCAAGAACUAAGCUGGUGGGAUUCAGCCGUUUGCAAUUCCAUGAUUUCAAGCUAUGCAAGGCAUGGUUGUGCGGAGAAUGCCGUGCUGCUUUUUGUGCUGACCUUGAGAAAGAAUCUCAGGCCAACUGAGUUUACUCUUAGCAGUGCACUGAGCUGUAUGUCCACUUUUCUUCCAGUUGAGCAGGGUUUCCAAAUCCAUUCUUGGGUUAUUAAGUUAGGCUUUGAGUCAGAUGCUAUUGUUGCUAGUUCACUUGUUGAUUUUUACACUAAACUUGGAUUAAUAAAUCAUGCCAUGAAAAUCUUUGCAAGUAUGGGGGUGAAAGAUUUGAUAUCUUGGAACACCAUGAUUAUGGGUUUGGCUCACAAUGGUAAAUUAUUUGAGACCCUGGACACAUUCAAGGAAUUAGUUAGUGAAGGUAUGCCGGCAGAUAAUGUAACAUUAGCUGGAGUUUUAUUAGCUUGCAACUUUGGGAGCUUUGUGGAUGAGGGUAUGUCAAUAUUUAGGUCCAUGGAGAAGGAAUAUGGGAUCAAACCUGCGGAAGAGCAUUAUACGUGCAUAAUAGAGUUGUUGACUCGUGUAGGUAAACUCAAAGCAGCAAUGGAUAUAGUAGCAGCAAUGCCUUAUGAACCUAGUUCUGUGAUAUGGGAAUCAAUGCUUCGUGCUUGUGCGAUUCAGCAAGACAUCAAAAUUACUGAAAGAGUUGCACAACUGAUGAUGAAGUCAGAACCGCAGUCAUCUCUACCUUAUUUGGUGCUAGCUCGAGCAUAUGAAAUGAGAGGAAGAUGGGAAAGCAUGAUUCGAGUUACAAAAGAGAUGAAACAUAAAGGCGUAAAGAAUGUUAUCGGAUGUAGUUGGAUUGAGAUACAGAAUCAUGUAUAUACUUUUAAGGCAGACCAAUUGCAGCAUCAUAGAGGUAAAGACAUUUAUAUGAUAUUGAGAUUGCUGUCUUGGGAAAUGGAAGCUGAUUGUUACAUUGACAAUCUAACAAAGUGGUGCUAAGAGGAGAAAGAGUAGAGAAAAGAAAUACAGUAAGGCUAAGUUUGAAUGAGGGCAUUGCGCAUCAGAAUUCAGGUUAAGACGAACAUAAGAUCAUGAGUUCCACGUCAGGAAUAUGACUAGUUCGAGCAAAAUUCAAAACUACAUUGGAGUUUAAGGAGGGAGGUUGGAUAGACACAAUCCGAUCUUAAAAGUAAUGCCAACAUAGGCCAUCACUUGAUCUUCUUCAGUUUAGACUGAGGCUUCUCACUUUCUUCUUCGACUGUUCAAGAUCUUUUCAUUUGUUGAGCUUUCUUGGAUUUCAGUUGGUUAUUGGCUUCUAUGUCUCAUGGACCAGAUUAUUAAAAAUGGAUCUCAUGACCAGGUCAGGAAUCUCAUAAGCCUAUUGUAUUCUCGCUGUGUUCUGAGGUCUUUCUCUGUCAUGCCUUUGUAGCUGCAACGAAAGGUUUAAUAUUCCUAUGAUUUUAUUAUUUGAGUUUGAAUGUUUCAUUUCUAACUUGCUUUCUGUACUCCAUGUUUUGAUUUUGAAUGGGUUUAGGUGUUCUAUGACAAAUAGGUAACAGCUUGGGACACUUUGACUGCUGGAGUGAAAUUGUCACACCGUCACACAGCACCAACCAGCUCAACCUCCAAGAGUUUCAUUCUUCAACCAUUGACGGGCCACGAGUGAACGCAGAAAGUAUACCUUUGCUAAUGGGAUGAGUCGACAGUGGCUUCAACUUCCACUAAUCAUUGUCGGCAGUUGCAAGAGUUACACUGAUAUAUGAUGGGCCAACAUAUAUAUAUCAGGAUUCAAGAAGGAUCUAUUCAUUGCCCUGGUUUAUUCUUUAAUGUGCACUUUGUUAUGGAUAUGUAAAUAGACAACCCGAGCAGCCAAGGCUGAGGUCUUGGUGAUUUAGGGGAUGUUAUAUGACUUGAUAGAUCAAUUUUGUAAUCCUAAUUAAAAAAAAAAAAAAAAAAAAGACAGAUCAAUUUUGUAGGUAUUGAUUAUGAGAGUUAUGCUUCUAAGGAACAUGGCAACAAUGUUUUCCUUGUGUAUAUACUUUUAAGUCGGUUCAAAGAGGAGAAUGUGGGAAGAGAA